AUGUCGCAACUGGAGCCACAUGAGGAACCCGUCGACCUGUCCGACAUCAGGUGGAAGAUGCUGGUCGCCUGUGAUAUCUGCAGGCAAAGAAAGGUGCGCUGUGAUGGUCAGAGACCGUGCUCGAGAUGCAGCAAAGGUGGGAAGAAAUGCACCUUCUCGACGCCACGGCGAGUUGUGAUGCAUCCCGAGGUCGCAAGGGCAUCAAAGCGCCCUAGAACAAGCUCUCUUCCUUCGAAACGUCUGGGGAGUUCCAUGCCGAGUGUCUCAUCGCCGGAACCCACAUAUUCGUCUACUGCUUCUAUAAUUUCAACUAUGGUGGCACAUCCCAAAUCAGAUGGGCGUGAUACACCCUCCAAGUCAGGCAAAGAACACCUCCUGCUUAUCGACUCUGAUGACCAAAUCGUCUACUCAGGACCUUCUACGGGGAUGCCCAUGUUUGCUCGCCUUGGCUUGCUUCAAACUGUCGAAGUAUCGGAGAGCAACACCGCUAGGACAGUCUUUGCUUCUCACUCUGCAGGAGCUUUAGGUAUAAUUGGGGUCACGUCAUCUUCCAGCGACUAUUUCGACCUUUGCCUACAUCAUUGCUCGCAGGAACUCAUGUUCAAGUUAAUAGGCUAUCACCUGAACAGUCCCGUCUUCUUUCCACUACUUCAUGCUCCUUCCUUCCUAUCUGAAUUCGUCGCAGUAACUGAGCGCCGGCUAGUAUGCACUGCUCAAUAUGGCGCCCUCCUGAUGAGCAUUCUCGCGGUGACGGCGCGCCUGGUUGAUAGUGCCAGGGUGCUCCUCCCAGCUGAGGAGCACGAUCACCCUGGCGAGGCUUACUUCGAGCUUGCCCAAGACUUCAUCAGAAUCAGCAAGAACAAACUGGACAUCCGCCAUAUCCUCGCUCUUUACCACCUCGCAUUGUUUGCAGAAGGUUCCACCGGCUCUGCGAGUUCCGUCUCCAGUUUUGUUGCGGAAGCUGUUGGCUUAGCUUUUUCGACCGGACUCCAUCGCAGUACCACAGAGUUUCAUAUGGACCCAGUCACGCUGCAGAUCCGUACCCGCUUGUUUUGGGCUCUGUAUACCCUAGACACCACUUUGGCCUAUUCCCAAGGACGACCUCCACUCAUUAGAUUAUCUGAGUGCAGCGUCGACCUUCCGGUCAUUGUUGACAACGAAUAUAUCAAAAAGACACAGAUUCUUCCCCAACCAGAGGACAGUCCGCCACUGGCAAUGGCAGCGGCUGUCAAGAUGAUCGAGAUAUACAUGGUUCUUGAACAGGUUCUGUCUGCGAUCAAUGCGCCAUCAAAAACACCCGCCACCGCUUUCUCUCUAGGCCACCCUUCGCUGCACCGCAGCGAUCUCAUGAAGCGGGCGCAGGAAAAGCUGGACAAGAUCGAACGGGGUCUGCCCCCAUAUCUGUUGCAAGUUGGCACGACACCUACUCCGACGUCGACCAAUCCGGCCUCGAACUUCUUCUACUCAUGCCGCGUCCGGACCGUCCUCCAAUUUGUUAGGACCCUUAUAGCCCGUCAAACCCUCAUUGAUGAGUUGGAGACUGGCCCGCAGUCCUCGAAGGAAGAAACGAGUCUGGCCACAUCGGAAGCUUGCCGGCUCUCUGUGGACACCAUCAAGACCUAUGCACGCCUACGGCACCUAGGACUGCUUUGCUUUUGCGGCUUUCACGCCGUAUCCCACGUCACUGCAGCCGCUCAUACACUCAUAGCGUGUAUGUUGAGGAGCUCCAACCUCGCAUUUGAGCACCGACCUGAACUGCUCACUGCCAUUGACAUACUGCUUGUCUUCUCGUUUCCUUACCCGUACGUCGAGACGGUCGCCCAGCUGCUUGUUCAGUUGUCUCGCACUCUGGAUCACAAUCAUGGUUCAAACAGCCAGAGCGAAGCCGUUGCCAUCCGAGUCCUCGCUCGGAGAAUGGCACGCUCCCCUCCCCGAUCGGAGCCACCUCACUCCCCGUCAGCUUCCUCCUGGCCAUCCUGGAAAGGCGAACGUCUUCAGAAAGUUGAACCUGGAUUUCGGCUUAAGGAAGCCACUGGGACGCAACCUUCUAACACGCACUCCAACCAUGACCAGACUCCUGGCCCGAACACGGCCCUACCGUCUGCUCACCAGGAUGACACAACAACACUCAGUGUGAUCAAUGACACUUCGGCCUGGUUUUCUGAGAUACCCACCGAUUCGACCGAAGCCCAAUGGACCUAUCAUGCCUCGGAUGAUUCUAUCUGGGAUGAUGGGUUUUCAUUUCUUAAUGACGGAUUGUUCAGCAAAUUGUAG